UCGCUUUAUUCGAUAAAAUCCUUUGAGCCUUCUUAUUUACCAGCAAUGAGCUGCGAUUUGGUGGAUGAUCUCAGGCGCUUCCUGCACUGGGGUCCCAUCACGCUUCUGAGUCUGACCCUGGUGGUCACCUGGACCGUGAUCGAAAUGAACUCGAUGUGGUGGACUCCGGGCCAGAGUCUGGGAUCCGCAGUGAACUACACCUUGAUCUGGCUCCACACCUUUGGCACUCUGUACAACUUUAUCAAGGCCUUGAUGGUGGGUCCUGGAUAUAUUCCACUGCAGUGGUACCCCAAGCGGGUCAAGGAUACCGAGUACUUGCAGUUCUGCCUUCGCUGCGAUGGCUACAAGGCUCCUAGAUCGCAUCACUGUCGCAGGUGCGAUCGGUGUGUGAUCAAGAUGGAUCACCAUUGCCCCUGGAUCAACACCUGCGUGGGCUGGUCCAAUCAGGCCAGCUUUGUAUACUUUCUCCUCUUUUUCCUAUCGGCCAGUAUCCACGGAAGUACUAUCAUCAUCUGCGCCGUAAUCCGUGGAUUGGGAAAACGCUGGUUCAUCAAACAGGGACUACAUCAUAUGGCCACCGUGCAUUUGACCCCAUCGAAUCUGAUGGCCUGUGUUGUAAGUCUUGGAGUGACCACGGGCACUGGUUUGGCCAGUAUUAAGCUGCUUUACAUGCAGCUCAAGGUGAUAGUGAAGAACCAGACUGAAAUCGAGAGCUGGAUUGUGAAGAAGGCGGGUUUUCGUCGCAACGCAUAUCCUGGUAACAGGAUCAGGCCCUUUGUUUUUCCCUACAAUCUGGGCUGGCGAUCUAACUGCCGCGAGGUCUUCUUUGCCACUGGCGAUGGCAUCUCCUGGCCAGUCCUGCCGGGAUGUAAUCAAUAUACCAUUACGCGGGAACAACUGGAACAGAAGAAGGACAAAAGGGCCCGUACCCGGUCCUACAGGUGCAUUCGUCCUGCCACUGGUCACUGGCUGCCCUUCAUCUCGCAGGGUGUGUGGACAUCCCUCAAUAUUCCCUGCACCGAUGAUCCUCGCAUUUCCCUUCAGCCAGAGGAUCUCAUUCAGGUGACUCGCAUUCAGGAGCACUGGCUUUAUGGUGAGAGGGUGAUCUCGGAGGAGGAGAAGGAACAGGGAAUGAGGCGCAAGGGUGCCAUUAGGGGCUGGUUCCCAUCCCGUUGUGCUGUGGAAAUACUAGGGGAAGAAUCUUAUAACGAGGAGGAUAACGAUGAUGUGGCACCCGAUCAGAAGGAGGAAUUGGUGGAUACCAAAUGUGAGAAGACAUGUGAGGAAUCCAAUCAGAAUAGAAAGAUACCGAGGGAUUUUCCCAGCCCAGAUGGAAAGCCAAGAAAGCGCGUACGCAUUUAGUAAAGAGUAUUCCUUUCGGCGACUUCAAUCCCAAAGAGCAAUCCCUGACAUAUGCCGCAAUGAAAUUGCUAUGGUUAACCGACGCAUUAAUCUCUUAAUGCUUAAUGCUUUUCAAUAAUGCAUAAAU